CAGGAGGCGGUGGCCGCCGCGCACAGUUCGGCCGCGCAGCGGGAGGGAGGCGCGAGGCAGGAGCUGGCGGCUGGGCUCGGCAGCGCAUCCAGCGCAGCGCGGCGCCCCGGGCCCGGCCCCAUGCCCGCAGCCCCGCCGGACCGCCCUUGAGCGCGGGCGCCCCGCCCGCGCCCCCCGCCCGCCGGCACCAUUGCCCCGACGGCGCGGCCGGGCGGCCCGGCGCUCCCCAGGCUCCGCGCCGGCCGGAAGACGCUGCUGGCGGCCGCCGCGGGCGUGGUGAUGCUGCUGGUGCUGGUGGUGCUCAUCCCCGUGCUGGUGAGCUCGGGCAGCCCAGAUGGCCACUAUGAGAUGCUGGGCACCUGCCGCAUGGUGUGCGACCCCUACCCCGCGCGGGGCCCCGGCGCCGGCGCGCGGCCCGACGGCGGCGACGCCCUGAGCGAGCAGAGCGGCGCUCCCCCGCCCUCCACGCUGGUGCAGGGCCCCCAGGGGAAGCCGGGCCGCACAGGCAAGCCGGGCCCCCCUGGACCCCCCGGGGACCCGGGUCCUCCCGGCCCUGUGGGGCCACCCGGGGAGAAGGGUGAGCCAGGCAAGACCGGCCCUCCCGGGCUGCCAGGAGCUGGGGGCAGUGGCGCCAUCAGCACGGCCACCUACACCACGGUGCCGCGCGUGGCCUUCUACGCCGGCCUCAAGAACCCUCACGAGGGUUACGAGGUGCUCAAGUUUGACGACGUGGUCACCAACCUAGGCAACAACUACGACGCGACCAGCGGCAAGUUUACGUGCAACAUUCCCGGCACCUACUUUUUCACCUACCACGUCCUCAUGCGCGGCGGCGAUGGCACCAGUAUGUGGGCGGACCUCUGCAAGAACGGACAGGUGCGGGCCAGCGCCAUUGCCCAGGACGCAGACCAGAACUACGACUACGCCAGCAACAGCGUGAUCCUGCACCUGGACGCGGGCGACGAGGUCUUCAUCAAGCUCGACGGAGGCAAAGCGCACGGCGGCAACAGCAACAAAUACAGCACCUUCUCCGGCUUCAUCAUCUACUCCGAUUGAGCAUCCCGUGAUUGCCCCCCCUCCCGGGUGCUCCCCUCCCCCGCCCACCCCCUCGCUGCCUGCCGCGGCCGCCGACCCUCCCGGCUAUGACGCCCCCGGCCUGUCCUCGCCACCGCCCGGGCCGCAGCGAGCCCUCCCGCCGGCUCGCCGCAGAGCCGGGCUCGGCGCGCCCCGUCCCGCUUCCUCGGGAGGCGGUGUUGACCGCCACCGCCCAGUCCCGCGCUGUAUAUUUGUACAAUAGGAUUGUUUAUGGCCCACGCUACCCGCCAGCCCGCCCCGGCUGGGGCUGAGGUCUCGGCGGUCGCUCCCCGCGCUUGGCUGCCCCGCCCACCCGCUCUGGGGUGGCGCUACCUGGAGGAGGGGUGGGUUGGGAGCUGGAGAGCUUCCCAGCAACCCUGCGGCCCUGGCCGGCUGAGCCCCGUCUGACCAAAGCUAUAAUAAAACACUUCCACCCCGC